AACACUGGAGGUCAGUGAUUGCUCGACUCUACCAUCAAUUCUGUGUUUGUUGACGGGAGUUUGGCCAUUCAUCUUCCUAAUAAACUGUGUGCAACACAUAUUUCGGAAAAUUCCACAACAGUCACAAACUAGUCAGGUAAUUCUCUUCAUAGCCAUGUCUUCCUUAGAGACAAUUCAAGGUAUGUGGUUGAGUGUCGUUCAGUGCUCUUCAUACAAGAUGAUAGUUACCGCAAGAGCUAUUGGAACAUGUCUCUGCCUACUCGUAGCGCACGUAUUUUCAACAGAUGCCAAUUACGUAGUCACAGACAAAUGGGGUCAGGAAUAUUGUCGCCCAUCGUACUGUGCCCUUAUGGAUAGCGAAGGAUGGUUAAGAUGCUGUGAAAGGUACAAGAAGUGUUGCGCUUAUGCAGAUAUGAUCGGUGGAAGGAUUGCAGACCCCUUUGCUUUUGAAAAGCCAAAGCCUGUUCAUGUGACGGUACCUCGGACUACUCCUGCUCCUACAACGACUCCAACAACAACCAAAUCAGAGGAAACUACCCAAGAUUUAGGAGGACCCAUCGAGUUACUCCCACCGGCCAUAGCUGACGGGGCAGCCAGACACGACCAGUCAGGGCGUCCUGCCAACUUGAGGCUCUCAAGCCUUGACAUGGUCAAGCCAGUGACCCUUGAGGACGAAAGACAGCGCAAGCCCAGCAAACCCAGCAAAAAUGACGUCACGUUUUUCUUGCCACCUGUGCAUCCCCACGUGCAAGAAAUGAGGCUAGAGGAACACCGAAGGGAAGCAUGUAGGCCCAAGUUCUGUGCUUUAAUGGAUCUUCACCAGUGGCAAAACUGUUGUUUCCGUUACAAGAACUGCUGCGCUUAUGUCGACCAUUACGCUUACCUAGAGAAUCCUUUCUACUUCGAGACAGUGAAUCCUUUCUACUUCGAGGCAGAACUUCCUGGAAAAACUCAACCAGCGAAGCGGCACAAUGUUUGAAGAAGCACUUUGGAUACUGGAAGAUGGUUGCAGUGCACUGUUCGUAAAUUUGCUAUGAUUUUUGCAUAGUUAUGAUUUUAUUUAUGUAUUUUAAAUGCCUGAUUUGGAUGUACUUUGUCCAGUCGCAGUUGUAUAAAGAUGUUUAUAUUUCCUUGUCCUUGAUUUUGGCUGUAUCUGUGAGUUGUGAUUCUUUCUGGCGAAAGAAAUUUGUAAGACUGUUUUAGCUUCAGGAAUUUCCCUUUUCUUUCUUAUUCUAAAAGAUAUGAAGGAAGCUUACGUUUCAUUGGUUUGUAACCCAUUUAAGUUCGUGUCCAGUCUCACUCAACUUUAAAAAUUUAUACGUACACAUUACAUAUAUAUAUAUAUUAUAUAUAUGUAAAGUAUACACACAUAUAUACAUAAAUUUACAUACAUAAUACAUAUGCAUACGUACAUAUAAUUGUAAUAACCAGGAUGCCCUCCUAACUUUUAAAUUUCUAUACAUUUUUUGACACAUUUAUCACUACAAAGCCAUAACCUUGCAUUUGGAUAUAAGGCCAUGUGGACACAAGCGUAUCCAAAAAAUGUGAAGAAUUCUUGAAGUCCAAAAAAUGUGAAGAAUUCGAGAAGUACAGAGGACAUUAAAGAUAUCUCACACACACAUAAAUGAAGAAUUUUAUAUGGAAACUAAUUAUUAUAGCUAGUAUUUAAUAUAUAAACUUUACAACCAUAUAUUGAUAUGGAUGAUACAUAAGCUCUUUUAAUUACAAGCUUCCUUCAAAUAAAUAUUAAAUUUGAAAGCUUUAAAAUGUCACAGGUGUCUUUUAAAAUGUGUUUCUUGAUUUUUCUUUAGUCUAAACUAUGUAAGGUUAAUUAUCAUAUUGUUAUUCAUUGUAUGAAAAACAUAUUUAACAAAAAAAAGCAAAAAUAUUUUUUUUUUAUAAAGAAGGCUUUGCCUUUUUGUAACAAGCAACCUGGUGCACUGGCUAUUUCAAAUUUUUAUAUCCCCGCAUUAUGAAGCCCUCCAAUAUUUUAAAAAUAUAUUCAUAUUAUAUAUUUGAUGUAUACUUAAUAAAUAUUUAUAUCAAAUAAGCGUAAGUGUGAAAGUACAAAAAAGCUGGACAUUACUUACUAUUACUGUAUAAGGAAAAUAAAGUAUAUAAAGAAUAUAUUUUAGGUAAUACAAUGUGAAAUAUAUGAUUGGUAAUACGCAA